AUGAAGGACAUGUCACACGAUGGAGACGGCUGGGAUCAUCACGGCCCGCCACCAGAUCACGAUCAUGACCUGCCGCCUCCGCCGCCUCACCACACCGAUGAAGAUCGCGAACACCGCCGACCACCGCCUGGUCACGAGCGAAGACCACCACCACUACCAUGUAACGGUACAGAGCGUUUCCCUCCUGGCCAACACCAUGAGCAUGGGCCUCCACCGCCGCCAGAUCGCGAACAUGGUCCCCACAAGGGCGGACCUCAUCGCGAACAUGGCCCCCCUCCACCUCUGCCUACAGGUCACAUCUACAGGCCCUACCCGCCGCCACCUCGUAAGGACCGACCUUACAAGGGACCCGAACGACCCUCGCAUCCUAAAAAUCACCAUGGCCCACCCACAGACGACGGUAAACGGCUACCAACAAAGCAUCGUGACCCACCACCGGUCCAUGAGGAUCAUCGUAACUACUUCGAGUCCAUAGAACUGCGAUCGAAUCUGAAACGACGAGUGCAGCAACCGCUCAGAGAAGCCAUUUCCCAAGACAAGGAACCUGUGGGCUAUCUACAUACCUACGUCCCCAAACAUCAUUUACGACUGCUCUACAUCGACGGCCUCUCUGCAGGCAAGACAGCCAACGGCACGCUCGACUCACAAGACCGUCUACUCCUCAACCUGACCGCAGAAGACAUCGGUGGACCAAUGGGCGGGGAACAUAAGCGCGCCCAGGGCCUCUGUGAGCUCGCUGCCACAAUCUGGGAAAACAAGGUUGACGGGAUCUUGCGACUGGAAGGCGGAUUUGAGAUAAUACUCUGCAACUUUGAGAAUCAUCUGGAACGCACUGACGUCGUCAGCGUCACCGCCGAGGGAAGGCGGAAACGAGGUCCAAUGGGCAACUGGCAGUACAUCAAAGCAAUCACGUCUCGCUACCACGGCAUCGGUGGGAACAGAGUGCACAUCGACUACGACAAAUUUGUGAGCGUGUUUGCGCAGGGGAACAUCAAAGGUCUGUGGGACAACGACGUGCAGUCAGACCACCGCAUGCCGCGCCUCACCAACGUAUCGCCCACGAUCUUACACAAGAUCAAAGACGACGUCACCGCGCUCAUCCUCUCCAAAGACUGGCAAGACGACAAGGGAACAGACUGGCAAGCCACCACCGACAUGAUCCUAUCACGCUACUCGCACCCACUGCACCGCAUAGCCACACACACCUCCUUCCGCACCGAUAAAAACGAACUCGCCACAUACCUCACAAGUCUCCUCAAGCCCUUCAUCGACACAACAGCCCGCAACGCCUCCCUCGAAACCUCCCGCUGCACGUCCCAACUCCUCCCGCCCCUGCCCUCGCUCUUCACCAGCCCAGGCGCCGUAGCCCCACUCGCGCACCGCGCCCUGCACGCCGUGCAGUCACGCAUCUGCGACACGCUGCUGACCGCUCUCUCGAUCGCGAGCGCGCCUCCGCCAACGCCACACUCGCGCUUCAGCGCCACGCACGCCGCGCACGCCGCGGACGCAGUCGAGCUGGUCGGCGAGCUGGUGCUGUGGCUGCAGUGGACGAGCUGGAAGGAAUGCGGCGCCUGUGCAGAUGACGAGGUGUGCUUCGUGCCUAUUUGGCCCAGGGGCAGCGUUGAGGAUCACAAGUCCCCGCGCUGUAGAGGACAGGGGGAGGUCGAGGGGAGGGGCGGGUAUUGGGGAGUAAGGAGGCGGCGGCGGCCGCCGCCGCCCACUAAGGAGAAAAAUAAGGGAUGGGCUGGGUAG